CAUCGCACCACAAUGUCAGGAUACCUGUCCAGAGGGAGGCCAUCUCGCACCAGUUAUCCAGUCCACGAGGGUGAAUUAUCGUGGUUGAUCCAGGAUUAGCAAAUGUGUUCGAAUCCUUCUGCAGGAUCGUGGUCACACUGCUUCUGGCUGAGAUAAUGUCAACUUCUUGAAUUUGGAUCGCGCAAAUGUCAGCUGCAGCGCGCAAGCAGAACUCUUCAUGCGAUGCAUGUCGACGAUCAAAGCGACGGUGCGCAUUUCCUCCGAAUGUUCAACUUGGCAUGGCGGCCACAUGUUUGAAUUGCUUCCAUCUUGGUCGAGACUGCACAUAUGAUUUCGUCACAUCGAGGCUGAAUCAGAAGAGAACGAAAAGAACAUGUCCUCCAGUAACGCUACAGGGACACCUUUUGUCACAAGGUGCAGGUUUACCACAGGACAUUAGGGCCACCGAUACUGUAACACCGAGCGAGUUCCAGUAUGAUGGGUCUGCUCCAGGUCAGGUAGCAUGGCCUUUUCCGGUUCACGGAUUGGUGGGUGACGAUAUGUUCUUUGGAAAUCUUGCUUCUGAAUGGGCACAACUGAUGACGGGUGUGGGUGCGACUGUGGACAAUGUUGUCAACCACACAGACUCCGACGAUGUUGAAACAGCGGCUUCCAAAAGCACACAAGGCAAUCGACAGAGCAGGGUCGUGUCUCCCGCCCACACUAAAAGCGUGCUGGGGCCCUGGCGAGGUAGUCCGAUUCAUUUGCUCAACUCAAGUACGGAACUCCACCUAGUCAAUCAAAACCUCGGUGAGGUAUAUGAAUCAAUGAUGUCCGGAAUCACUACAAGAUAUCUCGACUACAAUUGCAACCUCUUUGCAGGAUCCUAUCGGUACUCCUUCGACGCUGACUGUGCUGAGAUUCCGCUAUCGAAGCAAGACACAGAUCAUGCAUUAGCGAGAACCCGAAUGCCGACCUGGAAGCGGUCAUCAUCUGGCGUACGGACUGUUGCACUGCAAAAUCCUGGCUAUACCCUUGAAGAUCUAGCAAGUCAAAUCAACAAAGUUACCAUGAUUGGUAUAGCUCGAUUUCUGGACAACUUUGGCUCGCUGUACGGUAACGUCCUCGAGCCUAAAAGACGCAAGCAGGACGAACGUACCUUGACUGCGACUCUACAGGCCUUUUCCUUACAAUUCGCGCCUGCUCCCCAAAAGGAAGCCCGGAAAUUCACAGUUCAGAGACCCUUCGUAAGCGUUCCUGACAUAUCGCUGGUGGGCUGCGAUGCCGGAACCAGCUACUCUAAGACUCCGCAUGUUUUUGCAGCAGCCUGGUUCAAUGCUUACGAACUCCUUGUGGCGUCGAAGGAAACCCGUUCCUUCAUCCACUUGUACGCGGUGUUUCUCUUUCAAAUGACAACAAUCCCUCCUGAAGCUACCUCGAGCGAAAGAUUCAAUGUAAGUCCCCUCGACAUCGCCGACCUUGCUCUGUAUCAGAUGCAAGAACUCCACGGGCUCAUUGACGACUACUGCGAGAUUUUGGAACCACAAUCGACGUAUCGAUUUCUCUUGCAUUCUUCGCUCAGGAUUUUCAACUGGUAUGCGUAUUUGCGCGAUACUAUAGCGUCAAUGCUGCAUCCCAGGGCUUGCAUUCUAGAAGACGCGCCACUGAAGUUGAAAGGCAAGCAGGUCAAUGGUAAGGAGCUACGAACGAACAUCCCGGAGCAGGUUGUCGGCUUCGAUCAGGAGGUCUCAGCGACCUGUCAAAAUGCGGCAGGAGAUCUCUUUCAUGUCUUCCGACAAGUGAUCAAUCUGCGUCAGAGCACAACGAAAACCCGUACACCCCUAGACAUUAGCGACUUGAGACGAUUGGUACAGCAAUCAUGCAACGUAGUGGAUGAUUAUGCUACCGCAUACAUCUCAUGGCUCGAGCACUGUACCAUUUCGUUCUACCGACUCUCGGAGAAACCAAAACUGUCUUGCGGAUUUCUCCUUCUGUUCUGGAAUCUCAGUGUGUUCUGUCUCGUCGAGCACCUCCACUCUGCAGCAGAGAUCCUUCCGCCUGAGGAAAGACCCUCGAUUCUGGCCAGAGCGGGAAAGCUUCAAAGGUCAGCGGUGCAAUCUGUUCUUGCCAUUGCGCAACGUAUCGUCAAUGUAUCGGCAGCGGGAGAAUUUAAGCUUCUCAACAGCAUUCAAUUACAAUUACACUUUAUAUGUCACCAUGCAAACACGAGCCUUGUUGUCAUGGCGCUCACCAAGGCUAUCGAGCAUACCAUCGAUGUCAACAUGAACGGCUUUGCAGAAGAUCAAGACUGGUCCGGGCCGACAACGCUUCCCCAGUAUUCAACCGACUGGAUGGGAUCUGUCAAGCCUCUCUUGACCUGCCUUGUGACUUUGGAAUCUACAGUCUCUGGACUUCACACAGCCCGUCCGGCGUUGGACGACCUUAUGCGGCAUUACGGCGAUAUUCUGAUGGACUGCUGGUCUCAUGACAAUCCUGAGAAUAACCUGUAAACAAGGGACGCGCCGCAACAAGUAACAUACGAAAAACUCCGUACCGGCAUCAGUAGCCAGGCCUGACCACCAAUUGAGGCUGCUCCUACGGCUGUAGGAUUACACGUGCUUUAUGUGUCAGCCCCAGAUGUAAGCAGAAACUCAGCUCCAGGACCUGCAGUGGCGUUGCGGCUCCGAGGAU